AUGGAUAUUGUUCUAGACAUCGUUGACGAGCUUAUUCUCGACCGAGUCUAUGCUGCAGCACUGCCUCUGUCUGUCUUUCUUCCAAAAGUAGCAGCCAACAUUACGGCCUCGGCAGUCCCCCAACCGACCCCUUCGCUGUGGACGUCUGUCAUCAGUACACUGCCUCAUCCACCGGUAACACAAGCGGCCGAUGCCGCAGGCAGAAUCGCAGCCCAUACCAGUGGGCUACCCCCAUGGCUCCUUAGGUUUGCUUCACCAGCAGUUACCGCGUCGGCCUGGCCCCGCGACUACAUACCCCGCCAAUUGCUUUCUCUUUCCCUCAUUACAUUGAUUGGGAUUCAUGUCCUGUACUUCGUCUUUGCCGCAAUGUCCUACUACCUCAUCUUCGACCACAACAUGAUGAAACAUCCCAGAUUUUUAAAGAACCAAGUCAGGUUGGAAAUCGAAUGUGCACUACGCGCAUUUCCUGGCAUGACCUUGCUUACUCUCCCUUGGUUCUUGGGGGAGGUGAGAGGCUACUCGCGACUAUAUGAGGAUCCAGCAGAAUACGGCUACACAUACUUGGUCCUUUCGAUACCAUUCUUCUUCGUAUUUACCGAUUACCUCGUCUAUUGGAUCCAUCGCCUUCUGCACCAUCCCUUGCUUUACAAACGCCUGCACAAGCCCCACCACAAAUGGUUGAUUCCUACCCCCUUCGCUAGCCAUGCGUUCCACCCAGUGGAUGGAUAUGCCCAGUCACUUCCCUAUCAUAUAUUCAUCUUUCUUUUCCCACUCCACCGAUGGGUCUAUCUUGGAUCGUUUGUUGCGGUCAAUUUCUGGAGUAUCUUUAUUCACGACUCGGAUAUGAUCACCGGGAACACCCUCAUCAACAUCAUUAAUGGUCCAGCCCAUCACACACUGCACCACUUGUAUUUCACCUGCAACUACGGUCAGUACUUCACGUGGGCGGAUCGUUGGGGCGGAUCUUACAAGCAUCCGUCUGCCGAGUUCGACCCGAUGAAUGACAUCAAAAUAGUUGAUGCUGCUCUGGCCAAACAUAAAUCAGAUUAA